AUGAAUGAUGAAGAUUGCUUAGAAUCUGGACAAAUAAGUCCCCAGAAUAUGACCACAAGAAAUAUGAUAAGAAGAAAUGUCCAAAAAUUUUACACUUCAGUUAGGUAUAAGUUAGAAGGAACAACAUUUGGAAAUGGUAUAAAAAUAUUUUAUACAGCUAUCAUGACUAUCUUAUUUUCCUGGGCUAUUUUAGUGAUAUCUCCUAAACGUAAGGCCAAGGCAAUUACUAAAGUACCUGAUAAAGAAGUAUUGUCUAGAAGUGAUACUUCAUCAUUCAAUAAUUUAAAAUUAUCAUCAUCAACUAAUAAAGAACAUUCAUGUUAUUUUUUUAAUGAUAAUAAAAAUAUUUCUGAAAAAAAGUCUGAUCUUAAUUCUAAUAUUUUAUCUAAAAAUUUGAUUUUAACAAAUGAAAAAGAAAGUAUGAAUAAGGAAGAAGAAAAAAAAUAUAUAGAUGAUGAUAAUAUUAAUUCUAUAUCUCCAUCAUCAUCAUCAUCAUCAUCAUCAGAAAAAAUAUUAAAACCAAAUUUAUUAUCACAAUAUUUGACAACAGAUGAAAUUAUUAAUAAUACUAAAAAUGAUGAAGAAGAAUCGACAACUGUAUCAACAAAUCUUGGAAUGUAUGAAAGAGUUAAAUCUGGAGUUGGAUUAGCACUUUUUAAAAGAAAUAAUAAUACUAAUGAUAAUAUUUCUACACCAUUAUCUAAAAAUUCUUUUGAUGAUUCAUCAGGAACAUAUUAUUUUUAUCAAGAUCAUACUACUUCUAUUCAAGAUUACUUACCUAACAAUUCAUAUAUAACUUCUUCCUUAUAUUUGGAUUCAAUUACUGAGGAAGAUAGUGACGAUCUUCGAAGUCUUUCAUCUGCUUCAUCAUUAUUAUCACCACAAAAAGUUAUUAAUAACUAUUCAUCAGUUAUUGCUAAAUUAUCAAGUGUUGAGGAUAUUCAUGAAGAAGAUUCUCAAGAUAAAGAAGAAAAAAUUGAAAAUAUUACUCCUACAUUAGAGGAAGAUAAAAAUAUUAUUGUUGUAUCACAUAUCAUAUUAUCUGAAGAUCCUCUUUUAACAACUAUAAAAGAUACCAAAAUUUAUUCACCCUCAAAAAUAGAAACAUUAUCAUCAUCCUCUUCAGAGUCAUCAGAGACAACCUGUGGUCAAAUUACAAUAACUUCCCCAACAAAAGAAGAUAUAGAAGAAGGUGAAAUAUUAAGAUUAUCCCCAACAAUAGAUAUAUUAGGGGAGAUUGCAGAACCAGCUGGAGUGAUUAUUGAUAUUAUUUCAAAUAAAGAAUCACAUUCUCCAAUUGAUGAUUUAUUAUCAGAGGCAACUGAAUCAGUGGCAGAUUCUGUUGCAACAAUUUUAAAUAAUAGUAAUAAUAAUAAUAAUAAUAAUAAUAUUUCCGGAAAUUCUGAAGAGAUAUUAGAUAUUUUUAUUGACGAAGAAUUACCAUUAGAUCCAUUUACAGAUAAAAUCAUACAAGGUAAAACAAAAAGUAGUAAAAAUAUUAAAAAGGAUAUUGAUAAAAAGACACCAGAAGUAGUAGAAAAAGAAACAUUAGAUAAAACAAAUAUGGAAGCUCAUCAAGAUCGUGAUACAUCAGAAAUGAUUGUUUCAGAUUUAUUUACCAGAGGAUAUCCUAUAGAGGAAACAAGUUUCUCAGAAAUUGAUAGAUUAUCACCAGAAUCUGCUUCUAUAAUACUUGACAGAAGUAGAGAUUCAUUAUUAGAUCAAUCUAUUUGUUCAAAUCCAAGAGACGAAACACAUAUUAUGGCAGCCUAUGCAUCAAAACAUUUUGAGGAAGAUAGUGAUCAUGAUGAUAAAAAUACCAAAUCUGAUGGUAAUGAAAUAAAACAAACAGUAACAAAAACUUUUAUAACUAAUAUAUCAUCAACAAAUAAAAAUGAAAAUAAAAGAAAUUCUGAUAUAUUAGAUGAAGAUUUACCACCACCACCAGAACAAUUAAAAACUGUAACAUCAUAUAUACCACAACCAUUAAGACCAACAAUUUUACCCCCAGCACCACCAUCACAAAUACCAAAACAAUUUAAAGAAAUUGAUAGUGAUAAAGAGGAACAGUCAUCUUUAACAUCAAUAAAAGGAAAUGAUAAUUCAGGUAGAAAUUCAGCACAAAGAUUACCUCAAUUUCUUUAUGGAUAUGGUACUGUUGGACCAUAUCAUUCAACAGGAAAUUCACCUACAACAACUAUACUUGUAACUACACCAUGGAUCUCUACAACAGCUGCCAAAAAAGAUAUCAAUAGCCCACCAACAAUCUCAACAAUUUCUUCAACAGAAGAAGAUAAUCAAGAAAGUAGAGUACAAUCUUCUGAAACAAUUUCAAGAACUGAUUUACAAAAAUCAAUUGAUACAGAAUAUAAAAAAAAUACAAAACCAGAGGAAUCAUCAUAUCCUAGUUCUUUUAGAAAUUAUACUGACAUUGAGGAGAAAUUAGAUAAAAAAUAUUCACCAACAAAUCCUGAAUCAUCAAAAUCUACAGCUAGUACAAUUCGUAACAUUCCAGUUAAGGUUGCCUCUCAUACUGAGUCAACAAGUGAUAUAUUGUCUACAAAUAUUUCUACAGAUUUUUCCAAUAUCAAAGCAAUGGAAACUCCAUCAUUUGAAAAUCCAGGUGUAACGAGUACCACAACAAAUAUUCCUUUAACAAAGCCAUAUAUAAGUGACUACUAUUCAACCUCCAAAGGAGAAGGUCCAUCAACAGCACCAUACGAAUUUUAUCGUGAUGAAUUAUUAUCAGAAGGUAGAAGAAGUAGAUCAACAGUAAGAGAAGUACCAAUAUUACGUGAACAUCGUUCAUCAUCAUCAUUAUUAGGACCAGCUAGUAAUUAUAUUCCUGCAACAACUAUGACUACUGAAUAUAGAACAACUUCUACAACUCCAUGGACAACUGUUGAUGGUGGAAAUCCUCAUCAGGAGGAAUAUUUUAGAAGAGAAGUUACCACAAGAACUUUAAUAACAAGAUCAAGUGAAACUUUAUCACAAUUACCUUAUUAUAGUAGAGAUGGUUCUGCUGAUAAAUUUCAACAACCAUUACCACUGCCAUCAACCACAUUCUUACCAGAAUCUACUACUAAAGAUGAUUUUGGUGAAGAAUAUAAAUUGAGAAUUGAAAAAAUAACACAAGAAGAGGAGAGAAGAAUUCGAGAAAAUCAAGAUAGAAGAAGACGUGAAGAAGAGGAAAGAAGAUUUAGAGAGGAGGAAGAAAGAAAAUUAUGGGAACGUGAGGAGUAUCGUCGUUUACAACAAAUAAAAGAAGAAAAAGAAAGAAUUGAAAAAGAGUUAGCAUCUGAAGCUGCAAGAAGAGAAAAAGAUGAAAGAAUGAGAAUUGAAAAAGAUCGUAUUCAAAGAGAGGAAAUGGAACGUAAACGUCGAAGUGAAUGGGAAGAAUCUGAACGUGCCAGAAGAGAGGCAGAAGAAAAAGAAUUGGCUAAGAAACGAGAAAUGUUAGAAAUUAAAUUACAAAGAGAAAGAAUUGAAAUUGAAAGAAUUGAAAGAAUUAAACGUGAACAAUUGAUAAAACAAAGAGAAAUGGAAAUGGAAAAAUUGAGAAAAGAAAGAGAAGAAGCUCAGUUACAAAAAGAACUUGAAGAAGCUAGACUUAAAAGAGAGGCAAUUGAGCGUGAGACACGUUUAAUUGAGGAACGCGAAAGAAGAGAAGCUGAAAAUCGUGAACGAGAACGUAUACAAGACGAAAUUCGAAAACGACAAAUUGCUGAGGAGGAAGCAAGAGAAAGAAUACGAUUAGCUGAACUUGAAAGAGAAGUUCAAGAAAAAGAAAGAUUACGUAAACUUAAGGAACAAGAAGAGCAAGAAAGAUUAGCUGCCAUAAAAAGAGAAGAAGAAAUGUUAUUAAUGAGACAUCGUGAUGCUCAGGAACGUGAAAGACUUAGACAGCUUGAAGAGGCUGAAGAGAGACAAAAAAUACUUCAAAUUGAAAAAGCUGCUGCUGAAAGAAGGGCACAAAGAGAAAAAGAUAAAAUGAUUGAAGAAGAAUUACGUAACAAAGCUAGACUUGCUGAUGAAAUAAAAGAAGAAGAAAGAAGACAGGCUGAAAAACAUCAAAGAGAUCGUUUGGAGGAAGAGAGACGUCUUCAAGAGUUAAAAGAACGUGAACGUCAAAAUCAACAAUAUCGUGAACAGGAACGUAGACAGGUUGAAGAAAGAGAAUCAAAAAGAAGGAUGAUAGAUUCAAGAUCCAGGGAAAGACUUGAUGAAUUAUAUAAAAAGAAAGAGGAACUUGACUUUUUUGAACAAGAAAAAAGAAGACUUUUACGUGAACGUGAAGAAGCAGAUAAAAGAAAAAGUGCAUUAACAUCUAAAGAAACACUAGAACGUUUAACAAGAAAACCAUACUUUUCUAGAGAAAAUCUUUCAAAUAUUCCUACUUCAACAACUGGAGAGAUAACUACUAAGAUACAUAGAGAAGUUAUUGAUAAAUAUACAAGAACAUUAGUAACUGAAGAUUUAACAGUUCCUUAUGGUGAGGAUAGUAGUAAAGAUAGAUUAUAUUUUUCAAAAAAAGGUGAUGAAGAAUUUUAUAGAAAUGAUUCAUCAAGAAUGUCUAAAUAUAAAUCUAAUAUAGAUAAAGCAAAAAAGAAUUUUAUGAUAGGUGGUGGGAAGGGUGAUGAUAAUAAAAAUGAUCCUAUAAAUGAAAAAUUUAAAAAAUCUGCUGAAGAAUUGAGUAAUAAAAGAAAAAUUGAAUAUCGUGGACCAUUACUUCAAAAGUUUCAUGAUGAUUCUUUUAGUAGUAAAACAGACAUUGAUUUUCCUGGUACUGCAUACCCAAAGAUGGGUCCUAGUCCAUAUGAAGAGGAGAUAGAAAGAUUACUAGAAAAAGCUAAAAAACAAUAUAGUCACUAUCGUACCAAGUCAAGUCAACCAAAUCUUUAUAGCAAGUCUACUUAUUGGGAUAACAGUUUUGUGGAAACUAAUGUUGACACUGGAAAAGAUGCUCUUGGAGCAUCUAGGAGAACGAUGGAAGAGACAAAUCUUGAUGAAGUACAUCGUUCACGUCAAGCAUAUCAAUAUACAACAGAAUCAACCACUAGAUAUAGUAGAUCAAAUAAUAUUCAGGAUGAUGGAAAUCCUCAUACACGAUCAAAGUCUGCUGAUUACCUUUUAGACAGAAUUAAACGAGAAGAAACAGCUCCACCAGAGAAUGAGUUACAAAAAGCAGUUUAUCCAAUUGAUAGUAGUACUACUCACCUUUCAGAACAUGAAUUAAGAUUUAGAAAAUCUACAGAAAAAUUAUCAACUCCAGAUUGGUAUGAAAAUAGGCAACAAAAUAGACCAACAACUUCAAUUGAUCAAUACAAUGGAGAUAAUAGACCACAAUCAGGACAAAGUUAUAAAGUAACACAAUCUUACGAAAAUCCAUCUACAGGUUUUAGUGAAACUGUUACAAAAACUUACAAUCACACUGUUACAACAUCCUCAUAUCCAAAUUAUGAUACUGAUUAUCAACAAUCAUCAUCAACAAAAAAGACAACACCAAUUGGAGGUAUUCAUAUACCACCUGGAAUGUUUGACAAAUACAAAGAUGAGAUAGCAGAAAUGAGAAGAAGUCGUAGUUCUCUUCAAAUGGCAGGAAGAGCUGAUCAAAUUAAGGCUGAACCAACUGGAUAUACUGUAUCAUCAACAACAAGUAAUUCUAAUGCCCGUGUAAUAGAAGUCGUUGAUACUUUUACACGUUCAAAAUCACCACAAUCUACUGGAAAUAUAAGUCAACCUACCAUUAAAAGUCAUACUUCCACAACAACAGUUGAGGAAGCAAUGGAAAAAAUAUAUGAAAAAACUGUACCAUCAGGAAAGAUUGGUUUUUCUGAUGAAAGAGCUUUCGAUAUUCAAAAUUUUCCUAGAUUUUUUCAUUCAGGGCCAUCUAUCUUUUGUAAUAAUAUAGAUGUAUGGAGGCAAAUUUUGGAAAAUCCACAAUCUGUUGAAGAGUUAGUUGAAGGUGAAAAAAUAUAUGUUAGAUGUAGUAAUUGUCCAAAAGUAAAAGAAAUUCAUGAUGGAAAAAAUCAUUAUGUAUCAUGUAAACAUUGUUAUAAUUAUUAUUGCUCAAGAGAUUGUCGUAGAAUUAAUUAUGAUAAUCAUAGAGAUAGAUGUAGUUAUGCACGAAUAAAUACUUUAUGUAAAGAAAUAAUUAUGAAAGUAAGAAAAGAUCCAGAAGCACAAUGGUAUAUGAGUAAAAUAGCUAGAGAGGGAUAUAAAGAUGAUGGUAGAGGUAGUGUUAAUUUUAGAAUAAAUACAAUAUCAAAAGCAAGACAAUAUUUGAAUGCAGGAUGGGAAGUAUUUAAUGGAAUAAACAUUAAAACACUACUCUUUUUUUAUCCUAUACAUAUAUUAGAACUUCAAAAGAAAGAACAAAGUUUAAUAACAUUAUGUAAAAAAUAUAAUCCACAAGAAAAAUUUAUAUUAAGCGUUAGUAUUAUUGCUGAUGUUGAAACAUGUCCUGAGACUCCUCCAAAUGAAAGAAUGGACUAUACUCCUAUUAUUAAGAAUGGUAAAAGUAACAACUCAAAUAUUUCAAAUGGUUAUAAUGGUAAUGAAAAUAUUGUUCAUCCAACUAAUGUUUAA